UAUCAACCUAUAUAUAAAGGCCUUCACCUCUUUUUAUUCGUUCGUCCCUUCCCUUGUAGGGUUUUCGUUUCAUUCCCCCUGUUUCUUUCUGUGUCUGUAAUUCUACCCUAAUUUCACAAUUCUUUACUGAAAUUCACUGAUGCAUCACGUAAUUGUAUAGGUCUUAGGUCUUCUAUCUCAUCUCGAUUGUUGUUUCUUUGUUGCUUCUUGUUUGGUUGAUUGGAAGUUUUAUUGCAAAUUAAGAAGAACAAUUGGAAUUUAGGGUUUCGGAUUGGGGAGAGGGGUUUGUGCCUGAUUCUGAUAGUAAAGAUUGUGAACUUUUCCUGCUGAUCGUUACGCAAUUUUUUUGCGGUCAGAUGCUGCGUGGUACCCGAUCUUGGAGCGCGUGAUCGCCCCGCCCGACUACGGGUGGCGAGCGAGUCUUGAAACCUCGGGGUUGGGGCUUUUGUAUGGAAACUCGGAGCCGGAAGCGGGCGGAGGCCACUUCAGCAGCGCCUUCUUCUUCUUCCUCCGGUCCCACCACCCGUUCCUCCAAGCGCACGCGCCUUCUCUCAUCCACAUCGUCAUUCUCCUCCAAGCCAGCUGCCAACGCCAACGCCACCGCUCAAUCCUCGAUCUCCACCCGGUCCCGCUCGGCUGCCGCAGCUGUCUUUAAAGCUCACGACCGACAGCCAGCCCCGAUGGACUCAACCAACGAAUCCUCUGGGUCUCGCCGCCGUGGCCGGAACUCCGAUAGAGACAAUUCAGAUAAGGGGAAGGAGAAAGAGCACGAGGUUAGGGUUAGGGAUAGGGAUAGAGAUAGGGACAGGGAUAACGAUCGUAGCUUGGGUCUGAAUGUGGAUGCUGUCGGCUGUGGUGACGAAGAUGAUAAUGAUAGCGAGGGUGGUGGCGUGGGGAUUCUGCAUCAGAAUCUGACCUCAGCGAGCAGUGCCCUCCAGGGUUUACUGAGGAAGCUCGGGGCGGGGUUGGAUGAUCUAUUGCCUUCAUCGGCGAUGGGCUCGGCCUCAUCUUCGCAUCAGAGUGGGCGUCUGAAGAAGAUUCUGUCUGGGUUGAGGGCCGAGGGGGAGGAAGGGAGGCAGGUUGAGGCGUUGACGCAGCUCUGUGAGAUGCUCUCAAUUGGAACCGAGGAGUCGCUCAGUACAUUCUCUGUCGAUUCCUUCGUUCCGGUUCUUGUGGGGCUGCUCAAUCACGAGAGCAAUCCGGAUAUUAUGCUACUUGCUGCGAGGGCACUGACUCAUCUUUGUGAUGUGCUUCCUUCGUCUUGUGCUGCGGUUGUGCAUUAUGGUGCGGUUUCGUGUUUUUGUGCGAGGUUGCUUACCAUAGAAUACAUGGACUUAGCUGAACAGUCUCUACAAGCUCUGAAGAAGAUAUCUCAGGAGCACCCAACUGCCUGUUUGCGAGCUGGUGCUCUUAUGGCAGUGCUUUCAUAUUUGGAUUUCUUCUCUACAGGAGUUCAGCGAGUGGCAUUAUCUACGGCGGCAAACAUGUGCAAGAAACUCCCUUCAGAUGCAGCUGACUUUGUGAUGGAAGCUGUCCCUCUUCUGACUAAUCUUCUUCAGUAUCAUGAUUCGAAGGUGCUGGAACAUGCUUCUGUUUGUUUGACUCGAAUUGCUGAAGCAUUUGCAUCAUCUCCGGAUAAAUUAGAUGAACUCUGUAAUCAUGGUCUGGUUACGCAAGCCGCCUCGCUUAUUUCAACCAGCAAUUCUGGAGGUGGACAGGCAUCUCUCAGUGCUCCUACAUACACUGGUUUAAUACGACUUCUUUCCACUUGUGCAAGUGGCUCUCCAUUGGGAGCCAAAACUUUGCUUCUCCUCGGCAUCAGUGGUAUCCUUAAAGAUAUUCUUGUAGGUUCAGGCAUAUCAACUAAUGCUUCAGUUUCACCUGCUUUGAGUAGACCAUCAGAACAGAUUUUUGAGAUUGUCAACCUGGCAAAUGAACUGCUCCCUCCAUUGCCACAAGGAACCAUUUCUCUCCCAGCUAGCGCCAAUUUAUUUAUGAGAGGACCUGUUGUUAAGAAGACUUCUGCUGGCAGUUCUGGGAAACAGGAAGACACAAAUGGAAAUGUCCCUGAGGUUUCAGCUCGCGAGAAAUUAUUGAAUGAUCAGCCUGAGCUUCUUCAGCAUUUCGGAAUGGAUCUCCUUCCUGUUCUGAUACAGAUAUAUGGUUCCAGCGUGAAUGGUCCUGUUCGUCACAAAUGUCUGUCCGUUGUUGGAAAAUUGAUGUACUUCAGCCCUGCAGAGAUGAUUCAGUCACUAUUAAGUUCAACAAACAUAUCGAGUUUCUUGGCUGGUGUUUUAGCAUGGAAAGAUCCACACGUCUUGAUCCCUGCCCUUCAAAUUGCUGAGAUUCUCAUGGAAAAGCUUCCUGGGACUUUCUCCAAGAUUUUUGUCAGAGAAGGUGUGGUACAUGCUGUGGACCAACUUAUCUUGGCUGGUAACCCAAAUUCUGUUUCUGCACAAGCAUCUUCCACGGAGAAGGAUAAUAAUUCUGGCCCUGGAAUAUCAUCACGCUCUAGGCGUUACAGACGACGGAGUGGAAACACCAAUCCUGAUGGAAGUGCUUCAGAAGAAUCUAAGAAUCCUGGUUCAGUAAAUAUUGGAUCGCCUCCAAGUUCGGUGGAAAUUCCUUCUAUUAAUUCAAAUCUUCGUAUGGCAGUCAGUUCAUGUGCUAAAGCUUUUAAAGACAAGUACUUCCCUUCAGUUCCCGGUUCUGUUGAAGUGGGAGUUACGGAUGAUCUCUUGCAAUUAAAGGAUCUUUGUAUCAAGUUGAAUGCUGGUGUUGAUGACCAAAAGACUAAAUCAAAGGGAAAAUCUAAAGCUUCUGGGUCUCGCUUGGCUGAUAAUUUGGUGAAUAAGGAAGACUAUCUGGUUGGGAUUAUAGCUGAGAUGCUAGCAGAGCUAGGAAAAGGGGAUGGUGUUUCCACUUUUGAGUUCAUUGGCAGUGGUGUCAUUGCUGCCUUGCUGAACUACUUUUCUUGUGGCUACUUUUCCAAGGAGAAAAUUUCAGAAGCUAACCUGCCCAAGCUUCGCCAACAAGCACUUAAAAGACUGAAGUCGUUUAUCGUUGUUGCACUUCCUUCCAGCAUUGAUGAAGAAAGUGUAGCUCCCAUGACUGUCUUGGUUCAGAAGCUUCAAAAUGCUCUGUCCUCCUUGGAGCGUUUCCCUGUUGUGUUGAGCCAUUCAUCUAGGUCAUCUAGUGGAAGUGCAUGCCUUUCCUCUGGACUGAGUGCUUUGUCUCAGCCUUUUAAGUUGCGUCUCUGUAAAGCCCAGGGAGAAAAAUCUCUCCGCGACUAUUCAUCGAAUGUUGUACUGAUCGAUCCGUUAGCAAGUUUGGCUGCUGUUGAAGAAUUUCUUUGGCCCCGAGUUCAGAGAGGAGAGUCUGGUCAGAAGUCCUUGGCAUCAGCGGGGAAUUCUGAGUCUGGAACUACUCCUACAGGAGCUGGUGCUUCUUCUCCAUCUACUUCUACACCUGCUUCCACUGCUCGUCGUCCUUCUACUAGAUCCAGAUCAUCUGUUAAUAUAGGAGAUGCGUCAAAGAAGGAUGCAACACAAGAGAAAAGCACUAGUUCAUCAAAGGGGAAGGGUAAAGCUGUUUUGAAACCUGCUCAAGAGGAGGCUAGAGGACCUCAAACAAGAAAUGCUGCUCGCAGAAGAGCAGUGUUAGAUAAAGAUGCUCAGAUGAAACCUACAAAUGGGGACUCUACUUCUGAGGACGAGGAAUUGGAUAUAUCUCCUGUUGAGAUUGACGAGGCACUGGUGAUUGAGGAUGAUGACAUCUCAGAUGAUGAGGACGAUGACCAUGAAGAUGUGCUACGAGAUGAUUCUCUUCCUGUGUGCAUCCCUGACAAAGUACAUGAUGUAAAAUUGGGUGACUCAGCAGAGGAUAGUUUUGUUGCUCCUGCAGCAAGUGAUAGCCAAACUAAUCCAGUGUCUGGUUCUAGCAGCAGAGCUGCUACAGUUAAGGGUUCUGAUUCUGCUGAUUUUAGGAGUGGUAAUUCAUAUGGUUCAAGGGGUGCUAUGUCAUUUGCUGCUGCUGCCAUGGCUGGCCUUGGAGCUGGUAAUGGUAGAGGUAUUAGGGGAGGCAGAGAUAGGCAAGGACGCCCUCAGUAUGGAAGUUUUAAUGAUCCUCCAAAAUUAAUAUUUACAGCUGGUGGGAGGCAGCUCAAUAAGCAUUUGACUAUCUAUCAGGCUGUUCAGCGACAGCUUGUACUGGAUGAGGAGGAUGAUGACAGGUAUGCUGGCAGUGAUCUCAUAGCUAAUGAUGGAAGCAGGCUGUGGAGUGAUAUUUACACUAUCACAUAUCAUAGAGCAGAAAGCCAAGCUGAUAGGGCGUCUGUUGGAGGAUCUUGUUCUAAUAAUGUAUCAAAAUCUACCAAAUCUGGUUCUGCUUCUACUUCUAACUCGGAUGCCCAGUUACAUCGAAUGUCACUUCUAGACAGUAUCUUGCAGGGAGAACUUCCUUGUGAUCUGGAAAAAUCCAACCCUACUUUCAAUAUAUUGGCUCUUUUGCGUGUAUUAGAGGGUUUGAACCAACUUGCACCUCGUUUGAGAGCCCAGAUAGCAUGUGAUGAUUUUGCUGAGGGAAAAGUCGCUAGUCUGAAUGAGCUGAAUACAACUUGUGGCAGAGUUUCUUCAGAGGAAUUUAUUAACAGCAAGCUUACUCCUAAACUAGCUCGACAAAUUCAAGAUGCGCUUGCACUGUGCAGUGGUAGUCUUCCCUCAUGGUGCUACCAGUUGACAAAAGCAUGUCCCUUCUUAUUUCCUUUUGAGAUCCGGCGACAGUACUUCUAUUCAACUGCUUUUGGGCUAUCUCGCGCUCUAUACCGUCUUCAGCAACAGCAGGGUGCUGAUGGUCAUGGAUCAGCAAAUGAAAGAGAGGUGAGGGUUGGGAGAUUGCGGCGCCAAAAGGUCCGUGUCUCCCGAAAUCACAUUUUGGAUUCUGCUGCAAAAGUAAUGGAGAUGUAUUGUAGCCAGAAGGCUGUGCUUGAGGUAGAAUAUUUUGGUGAAGUUGGCACGGGUUUGGGUCCAACCCUUGAAUUCUACACUCUUUUAAGUCAUGACCUUCAAAAAGUUGGACUUCAAAUGUGGAGAACAAAUUCUUCCUUGGGGACACCAAAUGGAAAAACAAAUAAUGCUGAUGGGGACCUUGUUCUAGCCCCUCUUGGGUUGUUCCCUCGUCCUUGGCCUCCAAAUGCUGAUGCUUCUGAUGGUAAUCAGUUUUCUAAAGUCAUCGAGUAUUUCCGGUUGGUAGGGCGUGUGAUGGCCAAAGCUCUUGAAGAUGGACGGUUACUGGACCUGCCACUGUCAACAGCAUUUUUCAAGCUUGUGCUUGGUCAAGAGCUUGAUUUGCAUGAUAUUCUUACUUUUGAUGCUGAGCUAGGGAAGACUUUCCAAGAAUUACAUGUCAUUGUUUGUCGGAAACAAUAUCUAGAAUCAACUAGCGGUGAUAAUAGUGAUGCAAUUAUGGAUUUACGUUUUCGAGGGGCACCAAUAGAAGAUCUCUGCUUCGAUUUUACACUUCCUGGUUACCCAGAGUAUAUUUUGAAAUCUGGAGAUGAAAAUGUUGAUAUUUAUAACUUGGAGGAGUAUAUUUCCUUGGUAGUUGAUGCGACUGUCAAGACUGGAAUAAUGCGGCAAAUGGAAGCAUUUAGAGCAGGGUUCAAUCAGGUCUUUGACAUCUCUUCUUUACUAAUAUUUACUCCGCAUGAAUUGGAUUACCUGCUUUGUGGCCGUAGAGAGUUAUGGGAGGCUGAGACACUUGCUGAUAAUAUAAAAUUCGAUCAUGGAUACACUGCCAAGAGCCCUGCAGUAGUAAAUUUGCUGGAGAUUAUGGUAGAAUUCACACCAGAGCAGCAGCGGGCCUUCUGCCAGUUUGUCACUGGUGCACCUAGGCUUCCACCUGGUGGGCUGGCAGUGCUCAAUCCUAAACUGACCAUUGUGAGAAAGCAUUCUUCGACUGCAGUCAACACAGCAGCCAAUGGGACUGGGCUUUCAGAAUCAGCGGAUGAUGACUUGCCAAGUGUCAUGACAUGUGCAAACUAUCUGAAGCUUCCUCCUUACUCUACGAAGGAGAUUAUGUUCAAGAAACUACUUUAUGCAAUCAGUGAAGGGCAGGGAUCUUUUGAUUUGUCAUGAGUUUUUGCGACUAACCAACCGAACUAUGUAUAUUGUAUCACGGCAUUGAUUCUCUUGCCUGAGAUAAUUUUGAUGUUGGAAGUCAAAUAAUUGCAGCGUCUUGGGCACCUUUCUAAACUAGAGCAAGAUGGAGGUCAGUUCCUAACUUCUCAUGGUGGCUGCAUAAUCAAAUUUUGUUGUUAGGGCCUCUGCAGUUAGUCUUCCAUUAUACUCUUCCCAUAUACUGAAGUUUUUCUCCCAGGAAUUGUCAUUUCUUUCUUCAAAACAGCCACAUUGCAUUCCUGUCAAUGAUAUUUUCAAAAAUUCGCCCAUUUGCUUCAUUAACAAUGUGUAUAUUGGUGGUAUAAACAAAAGCAGAAAUGUUUUCAGGUUGGACCACCAUAUUUUCAGGAAGCUGUAAAGGAAAUUGGAGAGCACCUUUUCAGCUGUUAGGGCUUGUAAAUAAUCAGGAACUUUGUUUUUUUUUUUUUUUUUUCCUCAAUGUUCAACACAUUGGUGGUAGGAUACGUGAUAUGGAAUGUUUCAAGGGAAAAAUAAAUAAUUUUGAAGAAUUAUUGUGACUGAA